AUGCCUCAAUCAACCUACACAAUCUCCAAAUCCUCACGCCGUGAUGUCGCCCGUCUGGGCCAAAUCGCCGCCAGCACGUGGGACAAGGACAAGAACACGCAGGUGAAGCUCAUGGGCACGAAACCCGGCGCUUUCGCAGAGGGCAUGGCCAUGGGCAUACAACACUACACAGACUCGACCAGCUCCGUCGUGAUCAAGGCAACCGACGAUCGUGAUGGGAAAAUCGUCGGAUUCUGCGCCUGGGGAUUCCGCAACUCCGCGUUUGAUGGGCAGAUCGUCAAGGACGAGACGACCAUUCCCGGUGCCGAGAGGAUCAAGGAGCUCGAGGCCAUGACCGGCAAACACCUGAACGACUUCUUUGAAAAGCGCCUGCGGGACGGGUCCAAGUCCAUCUUCGUCGGCAUGACGGCCGUGGACCCUGGCUACAAGGGGGUGGGCGUCGGCUCGCAGCUCAUGAGCUGGGGUACCGAGCAUGCGGACCGGCUCGGUGCCUCCAUGUGGGUGCACGCCUCCGAGGCCGGGUGGCCGCUGUUUGAGAAGCACGGUUUCAAAGAGGUCGAUCGCCUCACGAUCGACCUCGAUGAGUGGGCCGUGGGCCCGCCCCCAAAGGACGGCGCGUUUGGCGACAGCGAGAAGUGGGGCCAGUAUACGUUUCGCUACGGCGGAAGGCAACCUGCAUCGGCCUAA